AUGUACAAACCCCGCGUGUUCAUCCUCACCGACAUCUGCAACGAACCCGACGAUGCCGAAUCCCUCUGCCGCUACCUCGUCUACAGCAACCAAUUCCACACUCGGGGGCUGGUCGCUUGUAACUCGACAUGGAUGAGGGACGCGGUCAGGCCGGAUGCCAUCCACGAGAUCUUGGACGCUUACGGCAAGGUGGUCGACAAUCUCAACGUCCACGUCCCCAAAGACUCGCCUUACCCGAAAGUGGAAGACCUGAAGGCGCUCGUCUCAACAGGUCCUUCGGUUUACGGCCGUAAAGCCCUCGAAUAUGAUGUGCCCCUGAGCGAGGGUGCUAAGAUGCUCAUCGAUAGGGUCGACGAAUCUACAACGAAAGAGCCGCUCUGGGUGUUGUGUUGGGGCGGUACGAACGCCCUCGCUCAAGCGCUCCGUCAGGUUCACGAUAUCGAGAAGCGGUCCGAGGGCGAAUGCAAGGCGUUCAGGGAGAAAUUACGGGUGUACGCCAUCUCGGAUCAGGACGAUACCGGCGCGUUGAUGCGCAGGCUUUACCCCGACAUCUUCUACAUCGCCUCCGUACACGGCUGGAAUCAGUACGGUCUGGCCGCAUGGACCGGUAUCUCCGGUGACAAAUUCUACAAGUUCGACCGUGGCGGUCCCGAUUUCAGCAAGAUGACGCCCGAAUGGAUCAAGGAGAACAUUCAGAUCGGUCCUCUUGGAGCGGUCUACCCGGAUUACAUGUUCAUCCCCGAGGGUGAUACUCCGACGUUGCUCUAUUUGAUCCAGAACGGGUUGGGGGAUCCGGAACAUCCCGAGUGGGGUAGUUGGGGAGGACGGUAUGCACCGUCGAGCGAAGGCGGAAGGAAUCAACAUUAUGGCGACGUGGCCGAUACCGUCAUAGGUCAAGAUGGAAAGGAACACGUCUCCAACCAAGCGACCGUUUGGCGUUGGAGGGACGCUUUCCAGGACGAUUUUGCCGCGAGGAUGAAGUGGACCGUGAGCGAGCGUUAUGAGCAGGCGAACCACGCCCCGAUGGUCAGCGUGAACGGGAGUGGAUUCUCCAGCGAGGUCGUCCAUAUCACCGCCGAGGCUGGUACACGGGUCGAACUGGACGCUAGCGAGUCUUACGACCCGGAUUCGGGGGACAAGUUGACGUUCACUUGGACCCAGUACAAGGAACCCACGGCGACGCAGUGGCAGGUAGCUUUCGAAGUGGCUCCUUUGGUGAUCACCGACCUCUCCCCAGACCCGGCCGUCCCUAAUCGAAAGAUCGCCGUCGAUCUCCCUUCGCCCGGCCGAUGCUGUAUGAGCCCCACCACUCGACAACCUGUCGCUACAGGACAAUCUUUGCAUUUGAUCCUCCAAGUCUCCGACGACGGAGCGCCGAGGAUGACCACGUACAAGCGUAUCGUCAUCCAUUGUACGAACACUGCGCUCAGUGACAAGUUGGGAGAGGGGGAGAGGGACCCGAUGGAUGAUUUCAAGGAGGCUAUCGAGAAGAUGCGAAGGGUGUAA